AAACAAAUAAAAUUCGAUGGGAAAAAAUAAAUAAAAAAAAUUAUUCGGUCGUUUUAAAUCCUUGUUCGCGAUGGAAAAUGAUGAGAAACAGUCGAAAUGGAUGUGCGAUCAGUGUACCUACUUGAACUAUAACAAGUCGAUACGUUGUGUGAUGUGUUCGUAUCCAAAAUCAGCAGUUGAAAUCUUUAGUUUAAGUCCUACACCACAAACGGCAAUCACACCGUUAGUAGAGACAAUUUCUGAAUCUCCCAUGAACAGCGAUGAAAGCCAACGAAAAUUGUGCAAUAGCCCUCGAAAUAACACUAAACGUGACACAAUUACAACAGCAUCGCUUGUGGAAGAAGUGAAAAAACUCGAAAUACGUACAUCAGAUCCCGACCUCAGCAGUAAAUGUAAAGCCAGCAGUCCACUAGCUUCAUCAAGUAAUUUAACAAAAGAUCCAGAACACAACAAUCGGAAAUCAGAAGUCAAAUGGCAAUGCAUGGCCUGCACAUAUGAAAAUUAUCCGCGAAGCAUAAAAUGCUCAAUGUGCGCUACAAAAAGAGACACAACAAAUAGUCAGAAGAUUAUUUCAAAUGAAAAUGAGUACAUUGAGAAUCUCGAUGAUCUCAUAUCAGGUGCAAGUAACUUCAACAUGAUUAAUUCACUUACAGCAAGUGAAGAUAGUUAUACUGUAAAGAACAACUUGAAAAAUCUACCGAACAACUAUGAAAUCGCUAGCAGUAAUAAUAACAACAAUAAUUGUGGGAAAUAUCAGCUGAGUAGCAAUGAAUUGGAAGCACAUCAAGAAAGGCGAAUUCGACAGUUGAAACGACAAGCUGAUUGGAGUUGGUUGAAUGCUUGCAUUGGUGUUGUUGAGAAUAAUCUUGGAGCUGUUGAACAUUAUUUAGCACGUGGCGGUAACGUCGCUCGAGCUCUUACAAGUAACGAAGUUAUCCUUCUUAAUCGUCCAUCUGCAUUUGAUAUUGGGCACACUUUAAUUCAUCUUGCAAUUCGAUUUCAUCGUGAUGAAUUAUUGCCGAGACUUCUCGCACAAAUCUCAUCAAAUGGACCAUCAGGAAUUAAAUGUGUGCCAUCACAUAUUGCGCCAGAUAUUGCAACCGAUAUUCGUCGUCAUUUUGGACAAAUUCUUAGAAUAAGGAAAGCUCCAUUUAAUUGUAAUUAUGUGAAUGAACAUGCAACAUUUUCACUGCCCGCCGACAUCGAAGAAUUGCCGCUUACAGUCCAAGAGCAACUUUACGAAGAGCUUCUCGAUCGUGAUGCUCAAAAGCAAUUAGAAAAUCCUCCGCCAGCUCUCAAUUGGUCGCUUGAAAUCACCUCUCGCUUAGGCUCACGUCUUAUGGUGCUAUGGAACCGAAGUGCUGGGGAUUGCCUGCUCGAUUCUUGUAUGCAAUCAACAUGGGGCGUCUUCGAUCGUGAUAAUAUCUUAAGACGCGCCUUAUCUGACAGCUUACAUCAAUGUGGAAAUCUUUUUUAUCCGCGUUGGAAGGAAUAUGAAAUGAUUCAAGCAGCACUUCUUCACUUUACACUUGAAGAAACACAAUGGGAAGAAGGUUGGUCGACACUCUUAUCCCUCGCCAGUCAACCUGGCGCUUCUCUCGAACAACUUCAUAUCUUUGUAUUAGCGCACAUCUUUCGACGACCAAUCAUCGUUUAUGGUGUGAAGUAUGUUAAAAGCUUUCGUGGAGAAGACAUUGGAUAUGCAAGAUUUGAGGGUCUCUAUUUGCCUUUAUUAUGGGAGCAAAGCUUCUGCAUUCGUUCGCCAAUUGCUUUAGGUUACACAAGAGGUCACUUUAGUGCUUUAGUUCCUUCGGAGCCUUAUCAAAGGCUUGAUUCAGCGCGUGAGGAAGAAGAAGAUGUAACAUUCCUGCCGCUCAUGGAUUGCGAGAAUAAGCUGAUACCAAUACAUUUCCUUUCCCAGUCAGAGAUGGGUCAUGAAGAAACAAUCAUGAAAACUUGGUUGGAUGUUUGUUUCACUGAAGGUGGAUUGAUGGUUGCACAACAGAAGCUUCAUAAAAGACCACUUCUUGUUGCACAAAUGCUUGAAGAAUGGUUGAAUCAUUAUCGGCGGAUAGCGUAAGUGUCGCAACAUUUCCUGACAAUUCUUUUCUCAUUUCUUAUUUUGAUUUUAAAAAUGAAUGAAUGUGUAAAAAAAGUUUUAUUAACCAAAAAAUAUUCACAACAUUAAACAAACAGACGUCAUCUCACCUCCAUUUCGUGGUCCCCAAAGGAUUGGAUUGGCUGGCUACUUAUCUGAUGGUGACACAGAUGAGGAAUAAAGUCGAUUUUCCUGUCAAAACCAUCUCAUCAUUAUCACCACCUAAAAAUAUUGUUUAAUGUUGUGUUGGUUUUCUUUUUCAUUUUUUUUUCUUCUUUUUGCAACAUCAUCAUCAGAUUAGCAACACAUAAACAUCACAAACAUCACAAUUUAAAAGUUUAAUAAGAAAUUUAUAACAAAGAAAAAAAUCCACGCUGAAAGAUAUUCGAAAGACUAAAUUUUUUCCUCUUCAAUGAUGUUGAUCAUUGAGUAUUAUUUCAAAAAGUAAAUUGAUGAAAGAAGAGUUAAAUUCAUUUAUUAAUGCAGCAGCUUUAAGCUUUAUGUUCUUAAAUAGAUUAUUCUUUUUAUAUUUUUGAAUUAUUAAUUCGUGUUGAAGGCUUUUCAUUGCUUGUUAUAUUCUAUUUAAAAAAAUUAUUUAAUUAAAUUCUUUUUUCAAUUUUGUUUCUUUUUUUGAUUAUUUUAAAGAAGAUAAAAAUUUAUGAAUGAUGAAGUUGGAUAAAUGAGGUUUUGGUAAUGUGGAAUAUGAAAGUUGAUGGAGUUAUUUCACUUGUUAACUCAAGCAUGAAUGAAAAAACAAAACAAAACAUGUACUCGUAACCGGAGAUGAUUAAAGUUCACUAAAUAUCUAAUCAAAGUAAAUAAAAAAAUAAAUUUCUUCAAUUAUUUCUUCUUCUCUUAUAUGAUACUUCGCAGCGAUUCGCCUAAAUUACGCAAAGCAAAAUAAUAAAAUUAAUGAACUACCUAGUGAAAGAAGUAGUCAUAUCAGAAAAGCACGAAUUUUAAUCUCAUAUGACAUGAAAAAGCGUGCAGUGAAGAAGAAGAAAUUAUGUACUAAAAGAAAUUAAAAAAAAAGUUAAAAGCACCUUUAAACAAAUGUUAUAUAGAAAAGAAAUGUUUUCAAAAGAUUUUACUUUAAAUAGCGUUAAGCACAGAAGACAAAUAAACACAUGUAACAAUUGAACUAAACAUUUUUAAUAGAUCUCCUUUGAAUUAAACAAAAGCAGAAGAAAAACAAAAGCAUAGGAGCGUUCUA